AUGUUGACCAGGGAAGAACUUCACCGCUGCUCUGACUGUGGGAAGAGUUAUUCAAGAUCAGAUUCACUAAAAGUACACCAGAGAAUUCACACAGGAAGACAUCACUGCUGCUCUGACUGUGGGAAGAGGUUUACCUCUUCAGCAGACCUCAAAAGACAUCAGAGAAUACAUACAGGAGAGAAACCGAAUAGCUGUAAUCAAUGUGGGAAGAGUUUUAGUGUUACAAGCAGCCUGAAAGCACACCACAAAACACACACCAGAGAGAAAUCGUAUAGUUGUGAUCAAUGUGGGAAGAGUUUUGUUACAUCUAGCAUUCUGACUACACACCAGAGAACACACACAGGAGAGAAACCUUAUAGCUGUGAUCGGUGUGGGAAGAGUUUUACUACAUCUAACCAACUGACUAUACACCAGAGAAUACACACAGGAGAGAAACCUUACCACUGCUCUGACUGUGGAAGGAGUUUUGUUUCUUCCCAAUAUUUAAAAUCACACAAGAGAACACACACAAUAGGGAAACCUUACCACUGCUCUGACUGUGGAAAAUGUUUUGUUUCUUCACAAUAUUUAAAAUCACACCAGAAAACACACACAGGUGAGAAGCCUUAUAGCUGUGAUCAAUGUGGGAAGAGAUUUAGUCACUCAAGCAACCUGAUGGUACAUUUGAGAACGCACACUGGAGAGAAACCUUAUAGCUGUGAUCAAUGUGGGAAGAGUUUUACUUCAUUUAGCCAGCUGACUAUACACCAGAGAAUACACACAGGAGAGAAACCUUACCACUGCUCUGACUGUGGAAAGAGUUUUGUUUCGUCCCAAAAUUUAAAAUCACACGAGAAAACACACACAGGAGAAAAGCCUUAUAGCUGUGAUCAAUGUGGGAGGAGUUUUACUCACUCAAGGAACAUGAUAUCACACCAAAGAACACACACAGGAUAGAAAUCUUGUGGCUGUAAUCAAUGCAAGUUCGAAUCCCCGAGCUGACAUGGUACAAAUCUGUCGUUCUGCCCCUGAACAAGGCAGUUAACCCACUGUUCCUAGGCCGUCAUUGAAAAUAAGAAUUAGUUCAUAACUGGCUUGCCUGGUUAAAUAAAGGUGAAAUUAAGUACAUAUUUGGGAAGAUGUUUACUCAGGCAAAUAUCCUGAUAGCCCACCAGAGAACACACAGAGAAACCUCAUAGCUGUGAUCAAUGUGGCAAGAAUUACGCUGGUAAAGAGCUCUGAUUAAAC